CGUGAACCGCUUCUUAAAGGGCAGGGUUUGGCGUCUCAAAACCCUCGUCAUUGCGGCGUCCGGCCGCCAUCGCGCUCCUCUGAUCUCGAUCACAGAUUUUGACUUGGAGAUUCUUCCGUGAUUCUCCUCAUGGAAAAGCUGCGAAUUCAUCGGACUAGCUCGGUGGAGUGGAAGCCGUCGGCGGUGGUGGCCUUGGCCACUAGCGCGGACGGCUCGCAGGUGGCGGCGGCGCGGGAGGACGGGUCCGUGGAGAUAUGGCUCGUUUCGCCUGGUUCCGUUGGAUGGCAUUGCCAGCUUACGGUUCAAGGAGAUCCUAGUCGGAGGAUUUCUUCGUUGGUCUGGUGCCGCUCGAGUUCGAAGAGCGCCGGCCCUGGACGGUUGCUGUCCUCGAGAAUAGAUGGGUCGAUAUCAGAGUGGGAUCUGUACUCGCUAAACGAAAAGAUCGCACUAGAUUCAAUUGGAGUGUCUAUCUGGCAGAUGGCUGUAGAGCCUUCUGUUGAUUCACUGCAAUCAGAGAAGACUGACUCUGGACUUGUACCAAAUGGUUGCACAAAUCAUGAUGGUCAGAGUGAUUCUGAAUCUUGUCUUAAUGAUGAUGACGAUGAAUCUGAUGAGCUUCACACUGUAGCCUCUCAGACAUCUAGUCAACGUUUGGCUGUUGCCUGUGAUGAUGGUUGUAUCCGAAUGUAUAGCGUCUCUGAUAAAGAUGGGUUGACUUGCAGCAGAUCUUUCCCCAGGGUUAGCGGGCAAAUUUUGAGUGUUACAUGGAGCCAAAAUGCAGAGUUGAUAUUUUCAGGGAGCAGUGAUGGUUUCAUAAGAUGUUGGAAUGUUACAUCUUUCCACGAGACAUACCGCAUUACAGUUGGGCUCGGAGGUUUGGGCAGUGGACCGGACCUUUGUGUGUUGUCAUUGCUCUUCUUAAGGUCUGGCACACUUAUCAGUGGAGAUAGUACUGGGAGUGUUCAAUUCUGGGACAGUCACCAUGGAACACUUGUGCAAGCACUCACUUAUCAUAAGGGUGAUGUGAAUGCUUUAGCUGCUGUCCCUAGUCAAAACAGGGUGUUUUCUGCUGGUUCAGAUGGACAGGUUAUUCUUUAUAAGCUUUCGACUGAUAUGAUUAGUACGGAGAAAGAGGGGCUUCCUAAGGAAGAAAUGGUUAAAUGGACCUAUGUUGGAUAUAUAAGGGCUCAUACUCAUGAUGUUAGGGCAUUGGCAAUGACAGUACCAAUUAAUAGAGAAGAUACAUUACCUGAUGAGAAGGUGCACAAGGUACGUCGUCAAGAGAAACCCAUCAGUUUUAGUUAUCACAGAUGGGCACAUCUAGGGGUCCCAAUGCUCAUUUCUGGAGGCGAUGAUGCAAAGUUAUUUGCUUACUCUGCUAGAGAGUUCACCCAAUUCUCACCUCAUGAUAUUUGCCCUGCACCUCAGCAGCCAUUGAUAAAGUUGGUGAAUAAUACAGUUGUACAUGGGGCUUCAACAAUGCUUGUUCAAUCCUCUGGUGCAUUGGAUGUUUUGCAUGUCAAGUUAAAUGGUAAAGAGGUGGCGACACAACUUCUUGCUCGGGUGAAAAGCAAAGGAUCCAGAAAAAUUGUUUGUAGUGCAAUAAGUACUUCUGGAAUGCUCUUUGCAUACUCUGAUCAAGUAAAGCCCUACCUCUUUGAAUUGAGAAAACAAAAAGUUGGAAAAAGCAAGUGGUCUAUUGUCAAAAUAAAGUUACCUAAGAGGCUGUUGCAUGCGCACACUAUGAUUUUCAGUGCAGAUUCCUCACGCCUGAUGCUAGCUGGUCAUGAUAGAAAUAUUUAUGUUGUGGACAUCAAAGGAUCAGAGCUAGUUCACACUUUUGUCCCUCAAAGGAAGUUGGAUAAUUUGAAAUUUGCACCCAGCGAGCCUCCUGUUACCAAAAUGUUCACUAGUGCAGAUGGGCAGUGGUUAGCUGCUAUUAAUUGUUUUGGUGACAUCUACAUAUUUAAUUUAGAGAUAGACAGGCAACACUGGUUCAUAUCCAGGUUGAACGAUGCUUCUGUCACUGCUGCCGGUUUUCCUCCUAAAAACAGUAAUGUGUUUGUCGUCACAACAUCUUGUAAUGAAGUCUUUGUGUUUGAUUUAGAAGCAAAACAGUUAGGUGAAUGGUCAAAGCACCACAGUCACCAUCUUCCUCGAAGAUUUCAAGAAUUUCCAGGAGAGAUCAUUGGCCUCACUUUUCUGCCUUUCUCCUUAUCAUCUUCAGUUAUCAUAUAUAGUGCAAGGGCGAUGUGCUUUAUCGACUUUGGGUUGCCAGUUGAUCAAGAUGAUGAAAGCCCCAUUCAUUCAGAUCUACCACUAGAGAAAAAUGAUUAUAACAAAAUUUUUGGAGGAAAGCGAAAGCGAAAAUAUCUAGAACAGAAAUCUAAACCUUUUAACAAAAAGAAUUUUGAUUUUUUUGCAUUCAGAGAUCCUGCCUUAUUCGUGAGUCACAUGUCAGAUAAUUCUCUUCUGCUAAUAGAGAAGCAGUGGAUGGAAGUUGUCAGGGACUUUGAUGCCCCCAUUCACAGACACAUAUAUGGAACAUAACACCAGAUUGUGCUGGCAUUGCCGCAGAAACAAGUGAGACAUGCCGUGACCAAGUUUUAUCUUCUUUUCUGCAUCAGACCAGGCUUCCGCAACAGUAUAUCCUUACAAGUAUUUAUCUACAGUUCCAGAUUCUCAUCUGUUUACGGGAGGAAGUUUUGUUUCCAUCAGACAGGUAAUUUAGUAUCUGUAAAAUGAGUGAACUGAUAAUAAUCGAGUAAUUGUUCUUCUAUGUUCACUUUGAAGAUUAUCAUUGUGGCAUCAAGUUUUUUCUAGGCCAAACAGGUUAUUAGCUAAUCCAUGGAAGGAAAGCAUUGUUGUGUACUAAGUGAAAUGUGUAAAGCUGAACAGCACUAUUGAUCGAGCUUGGCUUUUUUACC